CUUCAUUCCUACUCUCUAUUAGCUAGAGAAACAACCGGUUGAGAAAAGCUGGGUGAGACGAAAGUGGCAGAAUGAUAUGCCGCCAAGCGGAUGGAAAGCUAUCGGAGCCGAUCGCGAUCUUCGAAGUCAAAAGCAGCCUACUUUUUGGGUUCCAGAACUAAUUCGUAUCGUCACUAUGUCGCUGUUGAAGUACCUUUUUUUUGCCGAGUUGGUUUCCUCCAUUGGUGGAUUUUAUUUACCAUCUUGUUCAUCACGAGGCGGCGGAACCCCACUAUGGGUGAAGCGUCCAGAUUUUCCUCAGCCUUUAUCGUUGGAUCGCCGGCGGGCUUUGGAGGGACUACUGGCAGGAGUAGCAACUGGGGCAUUUUUCCCGUUUUCUUGCUACGCGCUUGAUUUCGAUGCCUUUAUGAGCAAAGAAUUGGAAAGCAGCUCGGCGAGCAAAACUCAGUCUCUUUCAAGCGACGCAGCACUCUGUAAGUAUGGCCAACCAAGUGCACAGACCGGAGAAGCUUGUGUGCGAGCAGGGCUUCCCACCACGAGAGCGAAGGGGGGCGUCGAUGCGUUCGGAAACAUUAACCGUGGUGAUUUUGUAAGAUGCAAAAAAGUAUAUGAGAACAAAAAUGACAGCUGGGUCGAAUCGUGGAACUGUGAGUAAAGAGACUAUAUUGCAUGGUAAUGAAGAUUGGCAAGGACCGCCUGCGAUGCUAUGAGUUGCUGCCAACGCAAUUUAAAUCAAUUUUGCAUUCAAUCUUCAACUAGCUCUGAAGCUGUAGAUAGACGA